GCUUCCCAGCCAGAUGUGGAAGAGCCUCCUGCCAAGCGGGCGAAGCAGGUCUGGGGCUCAGCACAGGUUGCCAAAGAAGAUGCGCCCAUGAGCGAAGCCGCGCCGGCUUCCCAGCCAGAGGCCGCACAGCAACCAGACGAGCCAUCUAAGCAAGCGCCCAUGCUUGUGGAGGAUGAUGAGCUCCCAUCUUUUGAGGCCGCGAUUGCUGCGCCUCCCGUGGAAGUCGCAGCGUCUGAGGUGGCGUCCGAGGCUUCAGCCUCUGAGAAGCCGAAGCUGCCCGAGAAGUCCGAGAAGGCCCAGACGAAGCGGAAGAUGGAACCCAUCCCCCUCGCGCAGCUCGCCCAGACCAUGGCUGAGCAACGAGCCAAGAUGAGUCGAGGAGAUGGUGGAAGCGCUGCACCGGUGCUGGCGAAAAAGAUGCCAACCCCGCCGCCCAAGGUGGUCGUCGACCUGGAGGAUGCCGAUUCAUGAUGAAAGAUUAAUCUUGAUCGUUUGAUCUUGGUCAAAUACCAAAUCAAA